AUGGUAAUUGGGGUAAGUUUACAUAAAAAUUUUAAAAAUUAAACAAUAUUAUUGUAGUUUGGCUAUUCUUGACAUUAAAAAACUUCUUCAUUUGAACUUCUAACAAUAUUAUUAUCCUAUUUCGUUAAAAAGUAUAGUUAACUUAUUGAGUUAUAGGCUAUAAUCCGCUUGAUAAUCACAGUUAACAUAAUAUUAUUCGAUCGUAUUUUCAAUGCUCAACAAAAAACUGAGAUCAACACGUUACGUGGUAUUUUCAUAAUAUGUGUAAAAUUUGCAUACGUCAAUAUUCUAAUGGAACGAGCCGUGGCAACAAAGUUUUCGUCGAAGUACCAAGAACACAGUCUAUUUGGUGGGGUCUUCGUACUGGCUGUUUGGGUAGGUUCUUACUUGUUUAUGUUCGUAUAUUUGUAAUUUUACAGUAAAAAUAUUAAAGUUAAUUUUUUUAAUUCUUACCAGCCAGCUAUAUAAAACAAGCCUAGCACUUUAUUACAUAAGUUUAAAACAAUGUUUCAGUGGGUCAUAUGCGGUGGAUUGGGAGCAUUUGAACGUAAGUUGCACUACAUUCUUUUUAAUAUCAUUUACAUUAGUCUAGUUGUUGGGUAAAUUUUAAUGAAAAAUUACUUUACAUACCACUAAACAAGAUAGCACGUUUUAGAAAUCCUUUUUACCAUAAUAGCCAGCCUCAUAUUGCCAUUCGUAUCACUAUAUCUGAUGGAAAAAUGGAACAAACACCAAUAUCACUCACUUCCCGAGAUGUCAAAGUCAUUGUCAUCACGGUACCAGAUAGUCGAGAACAUACGAACCCUUCGUAUGUUUAGAAGAUGGUCCUACUUCUUUAUCGUUGUAAUUCUACUGGAAACAAUCACUUUGUUCUCUAACUACGCCAUACUUCUGCCACGUGGAAUGGUGUACGAAUGGCGUUUGGUGUCCAACAUAUACGACUUGUUGUUCGCUUCGUAUACGCUUGUUUGUCCCUUAUUACUCAUCAAAAGUCAUCCACAUCUGCAAUUUCGCUUUGAGUAAGUCAAGUUAUAGAGGCAUAUAGGUUUCCUUUAAAUAAGCCAAUCAUUAAAGAACCUUAGAGCAAACAAUAACCUGAAAAUUAACUUAUAAGGCCCUCUAGAUGUGUUACUCUAGUCAUUCCUUAUAGUAAGACAAGAGUUCAAGUUAUUCUUUUAUUGAAUGAAUCAUAAGUUACAGCACUUUCUUUUCAGACAGCUUUUGAACGGCACAGACAGCAAUAGUGCGUUGAUAAAGCCAGAAAUCGGGCGAAAGUACAUUCAACAAGACGACUUUGAUGCCUAUUUCCAGAGACUCAAUAAUACUUGGCAGAAACAUGGAUUACAAUAG